AUGUUUUUAUUUGUUCAUAUCUAUCUAUCUCAGUUUGUAUCUAUCAAUCUAUCUAUCUCAACAUUUUUAUCUCACCCUGAGUUCGUUUUAUUCUCCCUUUUCCUUUUCAGUUAUUUGGUGUCUCCUCCUUUUCGUCAGUCGGUCGCCUGCAAAAUGCUUUCCUUCUUUCCCUGCAUCCUGGACCGAUUAAAACAAACGUGCACACACUGUACAGAGAGCUUAUUUCCCUGCAACUGGUGUAUUAAGGAACACCUCUGUACCACACGUGAGGCCCUUCACUGUUCUCUUAAAGAAGUUGUUCAAGGCAGAGUGAAUGCUGGAACCGAACUUUGUCCAAGAAUUGAUUACAGCACUCCUGUUAUUCCUGUAGCAUCUGGAACAAAAAAGAACGUGUCUUUAAGAGCUGCAAACCUUAAGUCUUUCCAAAAAGAUUUCAGCUGUCUCUUCAAAUUGAACCCACAUAUCCAAGUUCCAGCAAGAAGAACCGCGAUUGACAGAAUAAGUUGCGAUCCUGUUUUUUUUUUUUAUGAACCAGACAUUCCGUACAGAAAUGUUCCUUUUGAAAUUACAUGGGGUCCACAGAGCCGACCCUUGGAUAAUCCAAAUAGUAUACAGGUGAAAAUGUACAAGUGCGAUUCAAUGGCUGAUACUUGCGGACUCUGCUUGACCAUGGACGAAAUCUAUAACUGUGGCUGGUGUGAAAAUAAAUGCAGCAUCAAAUCUCAAUGCGAUGCCCUAUUCAAAUGGUUCCCAAAUACGGAGAUUUGCCGUGGAGUAAGAAUAACAAAUUUCAUACCAUCAAAAGGCCCAGUUGAAGGAGGAACUCUUCUGACGAUAAAGGGAGAAAAUUUGGGAAAAACUUUCCUGGACAUUAAAAGGGGUGUCACCGUUGCAGGUGCCCAUUGUGAACCUAUUGAAUCCCAAUAUGUACCUGCUCAAAAAAUUGUAUGUCGAACUGGCAGUAGCAGUAUUAGAGCUGGAUAUGUUCGAGUUGUAGUAGCUAGUAUAACUUCCGCCAAAUCGGAUUUCAAUUAUGAGUAUGUGGUACCGGGUAUUACUGACCUUCAUCCCAGGAGAGGUCCUGUUGAUGGGGGCACUUAUGUGACAGUGAAGGGGACCCACCUUGAUGCUGGGUAUAAAAAGUCCAUCACAAUCGCAGGCUUACCAUGUGAGAUUAAAAGGUAG